UAGUUUCCUUGGUAAUUAGUUUCCUUGUUAGUAGUCCUUUCCAUACUUCGAGUAGGACUUGGCACAUGUAUAUAUACGUUGUGAAUAUUGAAUGAAAGGCAGUUGAGUUUUUCCAAACUUCUACAUGGUAUCAGAGCCAAUUUCCCGAGAACUUCUCAAACCCUAGUUUUUUUCUCACGCAUGGUGCCGCCACCGUUGCUUCGCCGGGCCGCCACACCACGGUCGCCCCUCUUCGAUCGGCUCACGUCGAUCACCACCGCUGCAGCGCCGGCUCACGUCGGACUCAUAAUCACCGUCUCACGCCGGUACUAUCUUCGUUUCCAUGGCAAGCGAAGGAACAAAGAAGCUAUAUGGAUCUGUUGAUCCAACGGGUGGCUGCCGGUGUGAGGCUGCGACUUUGAUUCGGGCGCGCGAGGAACAGGAGAAGACUCAUCACUUUUUGCUCGGGCUCGACGACGAACAGUUCGGUCACAUCCGAUCUCAGAUUAUUGCCACCGAACCUGUUCCGGACAUACACCGGGCUUAUGCACUCAUCGUUCAAGAGGAACGCCACAAGAGCAUUGUCCGUGGCCGAGAUGACCGUACGGACGCUCUCGCCUUUGCCAUACAGCGUCCGGCUCCUACCUUGGGUCGUGGAGACCCCCCCAUUAUUCGUGCACACAUUGUGGAAAAGACGGCCAUUCCGUGGAUUGGUGCUAUCAAUUGCAUGGGUAUCCGCCCGGGAAGGGCCGUGGAGGUCGCGGAACUGCAUCCGGCCGAGGGGGUCGCGGCGGUGGCAGAACGCCGUCCGGCGGCAGUAGUGCCCCUGGCCGUGGGUCUGGCCGAGGGAUAGGAUCAGCGACAGGGGGAGCAAAUGCAGCCACCAAUUCCAACGCCCUAGGCCUCACACCUGAUCAGAUGACUCGGUUACUUUCCAUGCUCGAUGUCUCUUCUUCCGACAAGGAUACUGGGUCUAAUGGAUUGUGUCACGAAGAUGGAGAUUGGACGGGGUGAUGCACACAAUGGAGUUUUCCUGUUUCGUCCAUGCUCUACAGCAUUUGCUACCCAAGUGGAUCCUUCUCUCCUUCAUAAACGCUUGGGGCAUCCAUCUGUUCAAGUUUUGUCGUCUCUUAUUCCUUCUGCCAGUAGCUCUAAACUUAAAUUAUUACAAUCAUGUGAAAUUUGUUUCCAAUCCAAACAAGUUCGUAGUU